AUGGGUGGUGAUCUCAACUUGAAGAAGAGCUGGAACCCCGUCUUGCAGAAAAACCAGGAGAAAACAUGGCUUGCGGAAAGGAAGGCUCUCGAGGAGCGCAAGCGCAUCGAGCAGAUGAUGCGCGAGCGCCAGGAGGAGAGACAGAUACAGGAGCUGCAAGAGAUGCAAGAAGCUGCCGGCGGUAAAAAGCGACCGAACCGAGUCGACUGGAUGUAUAACGGUCCAUCAGAUGGACAACCGGGCACUACUGAAGAGAUGGAAGGCUACCUCCUGGGAAAGAGACGCAUCGAUAAUCUGAUCAAAGGCACUGAAAAUCAGAAGUUGGAAAAAUCUGCCACUGAAGAUUCGUUCAUGGCUGUGCAGAAUGCCAACACUGCGAGAGAUACGGCAGCGAAGAUCCGAGAAGAUCCCAUGUUCGCCAUCAAGAAACAGGAACAGGCUGCUUAUGAAGCGAUGAUGAAUGAUCCAGUGCGGAGGAGGCAAUUGCUCAAGGCUGCGGGAGUGGAGGACGCGACUUCCGAGAAGGAGCGCAGGCACCAUCGGCACCGACACCGACACCGAGACGAGGAGGAAAGACAUUUGCGGCAUAGGAGCAGACGAUACGAUGAUGAAAAUGACCGGCGAGGCAGGCACCGUCGUGAGCGACGCUCAGACAGCACCUCCAGAACACGAUCACCGCAAAUACGAGAUUCUCGCUCCGGGAGGUCACCUUCGGUUGACAGACGAAAAUCACGAAGGUCUCCCUCGCCGCAAAGAUACAGUUCUCGACGUUCUCGAUCACCGUAUCGUCGUGAGAGGUCUCAUUCUCCCGAGUCACGCCGCAGAUCGCAUUCACCGUCGCGUGAAAGAGACGAUAGGCGACACAGCUUAUAUCACACUCGACGUUCACCGCCUUCGACUCGAGAGCCAGAUCCGCCGGCGAUAUCAAGCAGGAGAGAUGAAGAUCGAGAGGCCAGACUGGCUGCAAUGCAGCAAAAUGCUAACGACCUGGACCGGAUCCGUGCGGAGAGAUUAGCUGCGGCCGAUGCUCGUGAACGAGCCGAGCGCGAGGCAGACGAAGCGGCUCGUGCCCAGACCAGCAAAUUCAGAAGGUCAACUAGUGACUGCGAUGUCAAUCUGACGCACGAAGUCCCUGGAAACCAUUGGACGAAGGAAAAUUUCCUUUUCUAUGAGCCAUCUGCUACCUCGUUAGAUGGAAAUUGGGGAUGUAAUAAUCCUUGCCGAUCCUGUUGGAAGGAUCAUACUACCCCUCUGGAACAUGAAUUCCCGCACGACGGUUCCCGAUUCGUGGAUCUGACCUGUCAGCUGGCCGAUGUCAUCGACUCGACACGAGAUCGCUCUCCUUUUCCAUCCUCCAAGAACAGCCAAAUCGGCAGUCGAAGCUUAUGCCCUGAAUUAUACAUACAUAUAUUUUCCUUCCGUUUAUACCAAGACUCCUUGAGUGUUUGUCGCUGUGAUCGUAGCUCCCGCUCAGCUAUCUACCCUCCUGAUCAUGCCCUCCAAUAUCAUGGCCCUAUGCGGCCGCCAAAAAGUCAUUCAGCGGAAAAUGGUGCUAUUAGGAGACGGUGCUUGCGGCAAGACCUCCGCUCUGAACGUGUUUACGCGAGGAAAAUUAUGUCCAUGCUGUCGCUAUGGGACACCGCGGGUCAAGAAGAGUUCGAUCGCUUGCGCGCCCUUUCCUAUGAAGAUACACAUGUCGUAAUGCUUUGCUUUAGUGUUGACAAUCGGGAUUCGUUCGAGAACGUAUCAUCAAAAUGGAUGGCAGAAAUCCGCGAGAACUGCCCAGGCGUCAAGCUAGUCUUAGCUGCGCUCAAGUGCGAUCUGAGAAAAGACGAAGACAUGAAUGAUGACCCGAAUGCAGUCUCUUUCGACGAGGGUCUGGCCAAGGCCAAGGAGAUUGGCGCCGUGAAAUAUCUCGGUACGAUUUUUUUUUUCGCCUAUCAUACGCCUUCGAACAGGACAGCUGACAGACAUGAUUUACAUCAGAAUGCUCUGCUGUUCAGAACCGCGGAAUUCGGGAAACAUUCUAUGAGGCUGCCAAAGUCGCACUCGAGGUUAAGCCCCCGGGGUCCAAGGGAGGCAGCACAUGCGUGA